GCAGGCAGAGCGCGGGCAGGGGCGUCCGGAGGCACCCCAGGGAGAGCCGGGUUAUGGUGGCACCGGGCUGAGCGCCGGGACGCAGCGAGGCGGCAGCGGGGGCCGAGCCCGGAGCCAUGGAGGGGCCCGGCCAGGAGGCCUACGAGGAGGGGAUGAGGAGGACCCUCGACCCUGAGGGCUACGAGGAUCCCGGCCUAAAGGACUCCCGCCUGUCGCUGGGGGAGAUGAGCACUGAGUCAGUGACCGAUGUGGACCCGGAGGCGUCGGGGAGCAGGAGGCUCCUGUCCCAGAAGGACACCCAUGAGGGCUACGUGGAGCUCCACGAGCUGGUCAUGGACAGCUCGAAGGACUUGUGCUGGAUGGAGGCCGGCCACUGGCUCCAGCUGGAGGAGGAUUUCCAGGAAUCGGGGCAGUGGAGCCAGCCCCAUCUCUCCUUCCUGACCUACCGCAACCUCCUGGAGAUCCGACGGGCUUUGAACAAAGGUGCCAUUCUCCUCGAUGUGGCAGCCAACUCAAUGGCAGCCAUCGUCAACGUCCUCAUCGACCAGAUGAUCUAUGAGGGGCAGUGGAAGCCACAGGACCGGGAGGACAUCCUGAGGACACUGCUCCUGCGGCACAGCCACCCCAGUGAGGGGGAGUCGGUGUGGACGCUGCCGCCGGCGCUGCUGCAGCGCUCGGGCACCCGCCGGGACGAUGUGGAGCAGCCGCUGAUGAGGGAACAGCAGCCCAUGGAAAUGAGCAAGCUGUCAGGGACUGAGCAGAGUGGGGCCUCCAAACCCCAACUCCAAGAGAAGAUCCCCAAGGAUGCUGAGGCCACCCUGGUCCUCGUGGGCUGUGCAGCCUUCCUGGAGCAGCCAACGCUGGCCUUCGUGCGCCUGAAGGACGCGGUGACACUGGACGGUGUCCUGGACGUGUCCCUCCCCGUCCGCUUCCUCUUCGUGGUGCUGGGCCCCGACAGCCCCAACAUCAGCUACCACGAGAUCGGCCGUGCCAUCGCCACCAUGAUGUCCGAGAGGGUGUUUCGCCGGGAUGCCUACCUGGCCGAGGGCCGGCAGGACCUGGUGCAGGCGGUGGAGGAGUUCCUGGAGGCCAGCAUUGUCCUGCCUCCCACCGAGACCCCCAACGAGCAGCUGCUCCGCGCCCUGGUCCCGCUGCAGCGCGAACUCCUCCGCCGCCGCUACCAACCCCCCGAGAAAACACCCAGCGAGGGCUUCCUGAAAGACCUGGGGCUGGACGCGCCGGCGCCGGAGGACGACGACCCCCUGCGCAGGACGGGGCGGCCCUUUGGGGGGCUGGUGCGGGACAUCUGCCGCCGGUACCCCAAAUAUCUCAGCGACAUCAAGGACGCCCUCAGCCCCCAGUGCCUGGCCGCUGUCAUCUUCAUCUACUUCGCAGCGCUGUCACCUGCUGUCACCUUCGGAGGCUUGCUGGGUGAGAAGACCAAGGGCAUGAUGGGGGUGUCGGAGCUGCUCAUCUCCACCUGCGUGCAGUGUGUGCUCUUCAGCCUCCUCGGUGCCCAGCCCCUCCUUGUCAUUGGAUUCUCAGGACCCCUCCUCGUCUUCGAGGAAGCCUUCUAUGGGUUCUGCAGCAGCAAUGGCUUGGAAUACAUCGUGGGCCGGGUCUGGAUUGGCUUCUGGAUGAUCCUGCUGGUGCUGGUGGUGGUGGCCUUCGAGGGCAGUUUCCUGGUGCGCUUCCUGUCCCGUUACACCCAGGAGAUCUUCUCCUUCCUCAUCUCCCUCAUUUUCAUCUUCGAGACCUUCUCCAAGCUGGUCACGAUUUUCAAGCAACACCCUCUGAAGCGGGAGUACAGCGUGAAGGCUGACUUUGACCCCUCGGAGCCGGAGCCCAACACGGCCCUGCUGUCCCUCAUCCUCAUGGCUGGCACCUUCUUCCUGGCCUUCUUCCUCCGCAAGUUCAAGAACAGCGCCUUCCUGCCGGGCAAGGUCCGGCGCUUGAUCGGGGACUUUGGGGUGCCCAUUUCCAUCUUCAUCAUGGCCCUGGCCGACUUCUUCAUCAAGGACACGUACACACAGAAACUGAGCGUCCCUAAAGGGCUGGAGGUCACCAACUCGACCGCCCGGGGCUGGUUCAUCAACCCCAUGGGGCUGCACGAAAAGUUCCCCAUCUGGAUGAUGUUCGCCUCCGUGGUGCCCGCCCUCCUGGUCUUCAUCCUCAUCUUCCUCGAGACGCAGAUCACCACCCUCAUCGUCAGCAAGCCCGAGAGGAAGCUGGUGAAGGGCAGCGGCUUCCACCUGGACCUGCUGCUGAUCGUGGCCAUGGGGGGGCUGGCGGCCCUUUUCGGGAUGCCCUGGCUCAGUGCCACCACCGUGCGCACCAUCACCCACGCCAACGCCCUCACCGUCAUGAGCAAGGCCUCCUCUCCCGGAGAGAAAUCCCAGAUCCUGGAGGUCAAGGAGCAGCGCAUCAGCAGCUUGUUGGUGGCCGUGCUCAUCGGCGUCUCCAUCCUCAUGGAGCCCAUCCUGAAGUACAUCCCGCUGGCCGUGCUCUUCGGCAUCUUCCUCUACAUGGGGGUCACCUCCCUCUUUGGCAUCCAGCUCUUCGACCGCAUCCUGCUCCUGCUGAUGCCCCCCAAGUACCACCCUGACGAGCCCUAUGUCACCAGGGUGAAGACUUGGCGGAUGCACCUCUUCACCUUCACCCAGAUCAUCGUCCUUGUGCUGCUGUGGGUGGUGAAGUCCACCCCGGCCUCGCUGGCACUGCCCUUCGUCCUCAUCCUCACCGUGCCCCUGCGGCGCUUCCUGCUCCCCAAGAUCUUCCGGGACAUCGAGCUCAAAUGU